CGUCUCUUCACGAGUCACCGAUCCAACCAUCCUCCCCGAAGAAAGAAAAGAAAGAAGAAAAUAUCCCCGAUCCAGCGCCAGUAAUUUGCUGGGGCCAGAGAGAUCGCCGGAGGGAAGAGGAGAGGAUGUCGUCGGACUCGUCGUCGUGGGCGCGCGCGCUCGUGCAGAUCUCGCCCUACACCUUCUCCGCCAUCGGCAUCGCCGUCUCCAUCGGCGUCUCGGUGCUCGGCGCAGCAUGGGGGAUCUUCAUCACGGGGAGCAGCCUCAUCGGGGCCGCCAUCAAGGCGCCCAGGAUCACCUCCAAGAACCUCAUCAGUGUUAUCUUCUGUGAGGCUGUUGCAAUUUAUGGUGUAAUCGUGGCAAUCAUCCUCCAAACAAAGCUUGAAAGUGUGCCAACAUCUCGAAUGCAUGAUCCAGAGUCUCUCCGAGCUGGCUAUGCAAUAUUUGCAUCGGGCCUUAUUGUUGGCUUUGCUAAUCUUGUUUGCGGGGUAUGUGUGGGAAUAAUCGGAAGCAGCUGUGCACUGUCUGAUGCUCAGAAUUCAACACUGUUUGUAAAGAUCCUGGUGAUUGAGAUCUUUGGCAGCGCUUUGGGACUGUUUGGAGUGAUCGUGGGCAUAAUCAUGUCAGCUCAAGCAACAUGGCCAACUAAAGUCUAAUUUCCAAUCCAUCUGGGAGUCUGUAAAUUAUUUUGGGUUAAACCCUUUGGAAUGUCAACAUGUUUUCAGCUGUUUUUUAUCUAUUCUUUUUAUUUUGCACAUUUUUGGUAAAUCACGUAUGUUGGUGCUCGAUGCAUCUGAUCGUAGAGAUACUGUUCCUACUGUAAAGACUCCAUACCUGCCCGGUAUCUUGUAGGGUGCUAUUGCUGUUGCAGAACGUGGUCUGUCUAUGGAAUAAGAGCAUUGAACUUGCCGAUGGAAUAAGAACAUUGAACUCGAGAGCAAGUAAUGUUUAGUUGGAA